AUGAUUUUUGACCCAGAUGCUAUAGAGUUGCCUUCCUCUUACGAGAAAGUCCCGACGACCGGCCAUGUUACGGUGUCGCAUCACCCAACUGGUUCCCCGACGGUCACGCCCGUAAUCGUCGUGACGCUGAACCGACCCGCUAAUAACAAUGCAUUCACGGGGCAAAUGGUCCAAGACUUUGAGAAAGUAUUUCCUAUGUUCGAUGUUGACGAGCGCGUCAAGGUCAUUGUCCUGACCGGUGCCGGGAAGAUCUUCUGUGCUGGUGCAGAUCUGGAUAUAGGAUUCCGUACCAGUCCAGAAAGACCUGUCGACCACCGUGAUGGGGGCGGCCGCGUCGUCCUCGCCAUUCAUCGCUGCCGUAAACCGACUAUUGCGGCCAUGCAGGGUUCAGCAGUCGGAGUUGGGAUGACUAUGACCCUUCCGGCCAUUAUUCGGAUCGCCUAUGAGAAGGGCAAGUAUGGCUUCGUCUUCGGACGGCGUGGUAUUGUCAUGGAAUCCUGCUCGUCGUAUUUCCUGCCACGUCUUAUCGGUUUCUCUAAUGCCAGUUACCUCGUCAGUACGGGUGGUGUAUUCCCACCUACAUCGAAGCACUUCGGUGACCUGUUUAACGAGGUUCUACCGGACCCGUCUCAUGUUCUUCCUCGUGCCCUGGAACUCGCUACCGAGAUUGCCGAGAAUGUGAGCCCGACCUCUCAGUAUCUCAAUCGGUCUCUUAUGUGGCGUAACCCUGGCACGGCGGAAGAAGCGCACCUGCUGGAGUCAAAUCUCAUUAUCCAGACGUUUGCCGCACCAGACCAGAAAGAAGGUGUCCAGGCGUUCUUCGAGAAGCGCAAGCCCAAUUUUCGAGCUAAUCUUGAUGACAAUCCCCCACUUAACGUACCCUGGUGGACCGAGGUUGAUACUGGCCGCAAUUCCAAGGCAAAGACUCCAGCCAAGCUGUAA